GUGUGUGUGUGUGUGUGUGUGUGUGUGUGUGUGUGUGUGUGCGCAAACUGCAGCUUGGGCCUCCUACAUGACCAACUCUCCAACUGUGAUAGUGAUGAUUGGGUUGCCCGCUCGAGGGAAAACCUACAUGUCCAAGAAGCUGACACGCUACCUCAACUGGAUUGGAGUGCCAACGAAGGUAUUUAACCUCGGCGUCUAUAGGAGAGAGGCAGUGCAGUCCUACAAGUCCUACGACUUCUUCAGACAUGACAAUAAAGAAGCAAUGCAAAUUAGAAAGCAGUGUGCUCUGGUGGCCCUGGAGGAUGUCAAGGUCUAUCUGAAUGAGGAGGGAGGCCAGAUCGCUGUUUUUGACGCCACCAACACCACCAGAGAGAGGAGGGAGCUCAUCCUUAGUUUUGCUCAGGAUAAUUCAUACAAGGUGUUUUUUGUCGAAUCAAUAUGUGACGAUCCCGACGUCAUCGCGACAAAUAUCCUGGACGUGAAGGUGUCCAGCCCAGAUUACCCUGAGAGGGACAGAGAAAGCGUCAUGGAGGAUUUUCUGAAGCGAAUAGAAUGUUAUAAAGUGACCUACAAACCUUUGGAUCCGGAUGAACACGACAAGAACCUCUCCUUCAUCCAGGUCAUCAAUGUCGGCCGUCGUUUCUUGGUCAACAAGGUGCAGGACUACAUCCAAAGUAAAAUAGUGUACUACCUCAUGAACAUCCACGUGCACUCCCACUCUAUCUACCUCUGUCGGCACGGAGAGAGCCAUCACAACGUGGAGGGACUCAUCGGGGGAGACUCUGAGCUGUCAGAGAGAGGGAGACAGUUUUCAGCAGCACUGAAGGGUUUUGUUCAAGAGCACCAUCUGUCAGACCUGAAGGUUUGGACGAGCCAGCUGAGGCGCACCAUUCAGACGGCAGAGGAGCUGGGAGUUCCCUACGAGCAGUGGAAGAUCCUCAAUGAAAUAGAUGCUGGAGUGUGUGAAGAAAUGUCCUAUGAGAUUAUUGAGGAAACGUACCCAGAGGAGUUCGCCAUGAGGAGCCAGGACAAGUACCAUUACCGCUAUCCGGGAGGAGAGUCCUACCAGGACCUGGUUCAGCGGCUGGAGCCGGUCAUUAUGGAGCUGGAGCGACAGGGCAACGUGCUGGUCCUCUGUCACCAGGCCGUCAUGCGCUGCUUGCUCGCCUAUUUCCUGGACAAGAGCGCAGAUGAUCUGCCCUACUUGAAGUGUCCCCUGCACACUGUCCUAAAACUCACCCCCGUUGCUUACGGUUGUACGGUGGACAUGUUUGACCUGAAGGUCGAGGCUGUCAACACACACAGAGACAGACCAUUAAAUGCUGUGCCGCCGGCGUUCAUCCGACGAAACAGCUUCACCCCGUUGUCCAGCCAAGACCAGAUCAAACGGCCGCGCCUGUACAGCGUGGGCAACCCUUCGCAUGCUCGCAUGUCCCAGGCUCCUACUUUACCCAGCAUGCAGUUCUCUGAGGCGUCCGAGGGGGCAGAGAUGCUACAAAGCGAGGACUCUGUGAACGGUUUCAGUGCAGCACACACAGGCGAGCGGCAUUAAAGAACCACAGAAAGAGCUUUAAUAUGUUCAGCUGUCCGCUGUGUCGAUGUCAAGCUGACGACAUUUGAGUUCCGUGAAACUGAUGCAAAUAUUUCAAACACAAAGUGCUCUUGAAUUAUAAUGUAAUUCAAUUCUUCAUAGCUAAAAGUAAAUCAAUCGUAUAUACUGUAUGAUAAUGACUAGCUUCACAGUAACCACAUGGAUAACAUCUAUUCACAUGACUUUGAUUAGAUUAUCAGCAAUAAAUCAACAUUUUGGAAAAAAGUGCCUUUAUUGAAAGGACUACAAUAGGUAUGUAUGACAAUAGGAUUGAAUGUCUUAAAACGAGCUGCUCGUUGAACACUGUAUACCGUACAUGUUUCCUUUUAAUAAAGUUCAUUUUAUCGCA